CCCGCAGGUUUUGCUACGCUCAACCCCCCUUCAGAUAGAAGAUUCUGGGCGAGGAGCGAGAAGGGAGAAGAACGAAAGGCAGAAGGUGAAAGGGAUAUGGCGAGAGGAGAGAGCCAAGAGGAGAAGAAUCAUUUUUGUACCUUAUGUUUAGUUAAAAAUUUCCACCUCAGAUAGUCAGGUUGACGUUGACUAGUUUUUCAGUUAAAUACAACGGUCAAACUAACAGAAAAAAAUAAAAUGAUAGACAAAUGAUAUACCAAGAUUACGUCAUAUAAAUGACACUUUCGUUAAAAAUUAGUAUUUUUGGUGGUAUUAGACUAUUUGCCAAUAAAUUAUAAUAAAACUUGGCUAUUCUCAAUUCCCGAUCCAAGAGAUAAGGCCUGUCCCCAUACAACACGUGAUUCCCCCCGUACCUUCACCUACCCAAUCAGCGCAGCGCACGCUGUCCCAAACGGUGUCGUAUCGGAUAGUAAGUGCAAACGGACGCGGAGAGUCCCGCGCGGCGCGCGGCCGCCUUUCUUGAGACCGUCCGAACGUCGACCACCGUCUUCAACUUGUUCUGUGUUCCUCCCAAAAAUCUCAUUUUCCACGUAUUGUUGACUCAUGCUAGACCAUAAAUUAAUUACUUUCAAUAAUUCGAAAAGUUAGGAGAUAUUCAAUUGUUAAUCAUAUACAAAUUAUAUCUGAUUUUUGGGAAUUUGUAAUGAGAAAGAAUUAAAAUUUAAAAGAAUUGAUUCACGGCGACAUAUACAUAAUUAAAUAUUUCGUUUCGACGAGCCACCGCCACUUCCAGUUCUCCACAGCUCCUAUUUCGUUCCAGUACUAUUUAUAGUAAAAUCCGAUCUAGUUUCUCAAUCGGCUCUUUGCCUCUGCCUCCUUCCCCUGCUUCCCAUUUCCUCCAGAUUCCAGGAGCUGAGCGCCGCCGCUGCCGCAUCGGAAAAACCGAUCGAAACCCGCCAUGGAGGUUCAGGCAGUGAUGACCCCGACGGCUCCGCAUCUAAACGGCUUGAAGGGCGACUUCGAUCCCGUCGCCAUCGUGCGUGCGGAGCCGCUUCCUCCCGUCGUCGCUGCGGAGAACGGCGUCCACGACGACGCCGGCGGCGCGAAGCAGAAGGAGAUCGUGCUGGGGAGAAAUGUGCACACGGCGUGCCUGGAGGUCACGGAGCCCGACGCUAACGACGAUUUCACCGGAGACAAAGACGCCUACAUGGCCGGCGUCCUUGCCCGCUACAGAAACAACUUGCUCGAGCGGACUAAGCAUCAUCUAGGUUAUCCUUAUAAUUUGGACUUUGAUUAUGGUGCUCUGUCGCAAUUGCAACAUUUCUCCAUCAACAAUCUUGGGGAUCCAUUUAUCGAGAGCAACUACGGUGUUCAUUCACGACAGUUUGAAGUUGGCGUCUUGGACUGGUUUGCUCGGUUAUGGGAGAUAGAGAGAGAUGAGUACUGGGGUUACAUAACCAAUUGUGGCACGGAGGGCAAUCUUCAUGGGAUUCUAAUGGGGAGGGAAGUAUUUCCUGAUGGCAUUUUGUAUGCCUCCCGUGAGUCACACUAUUCCGUGUUCAAGGCAGCCCGUAUGUACCGAAUGGAAUGUGUCAAGGUAGACUGUUUGACAUCCGGUGAAAUUGAUUGUUUGGAUUUGAAAAAACAACUGCUUGCCAACAAAGACAAGCCAGCCAUCCUGAAUGUCAACAUAGGAACAACUGUAAAAGGAGCAGUUGACGACCUCGACCUUGUAAUAAAGACCCUUGAAGAUAAUGGGUUUCCACAGGAUCGGUUCUACAUUCAUUGUGAUGGAGCUUUGUUUGGACUCAUGAUGCCUUUUGUGAAACGGGCACCGAAGGUCAGCUUCAAGAAACCGAUUGGCAGUGUCAGCGUCUCGGGACACAAAUUCGUCGGGUGCCCAAUGCCAUGCGGCGUCCAGCUCACUAGAAUGUCCCACAUCAAGGUCCUCUCCAGCAACGUCGAGUACCUUGCAUCACGAGACGCCACAAUCAUGGGGAGCCGGAACGGCCACGCACCAAUCUUCCUGUGGUACACCCUGAACAAGAAGGGCUACAAGGGGUUCCAGAAGGAGGUCCAGAAGUGCCUCCGCAACGCCCACUACUUGAAGGACAAGCUGCGCGAUGCAGGGAUCAGCGCCAUGCUGAACGAGCUCAGCAGCACGGUCGUGUUCGAACGACCCCACGACGAGGAGUUUGUUCGCAGGUGGCAGCUCGCGUGCCAGGGUAACAUUGCUCACGUGGUGGUGAUGCCGAACGUCACCAUCGAGAAGCUGGACGGGUUUCUGGAGGAGCUGGUGGAGAAGAGGAAGGUGUGGUACACAGGUAGUGGCGUCGGGGAGGGAGUGGCGGCGUCGCCGCCUUGUGUUGCGGUUGAUAUUGGGAGUGAGAACUGUGAUUGUGGUUUGCACAAGUGAGAGUUGAAAGAGAGAGGAUUGGAUGUUUUGGUUUAGGGAAAGAACUUGUGUGUUUGUCUCUUGGUUUCAUUAGGGUAACUUGUAUUUGUACGCCUAGAAUAAUUAUUCUUUCCUAGUUACUUAUAAGGGUUUCCCAUUCGAAGGAACUUUUCAACUGGCAAUCCUUUGUUAACUGAUGGUUGAGUUAUUUGGAAGAUCUAGUGUAUAGUGGCGAAUAGGAGCAAAUGGUAGCCUGAGAAAUACCCCGCCGGACAUCCGUUGAGACCCCUAACCAACUCAACAAAUACUACCUCAGCAUAGGAGUGCUAAAGUGUCAAGCCGCUCACGAGUUGUUCAAUGUUCGCCACUCGGCUCGUUAGUAACAAGCUGAGUUUGAACUAAGUCUUGUUUGCUUUGUAAGGCUCGUGAGUCAGUUCAAUUUGGUGACAGGUUGAGCUUAAUUCAUGAACUAGUUUGUUUUGAGCUGGCUCAACAAUUUGGCUAGCAAGCCACCUUAACUAGUAACUUAUGAGCAAAUCGGUUAAUAGUUUAUCACAGGCAAAUGUUCCAUGUUCAUUGAGAGUGGAAGACAGGAAGAGCCAUCCAGGGUGGUGCCAAAAGCUUGAUGAACACCAAACCUUCUUUUUUUUUUUUUUUGUCAAAAGAUAUCAUAUAUUGAUCAAAAUCAUAGACAAUUACACCUUGGAACCCAGCCAGGUCUGGAAAUCAAAAAAACGACUCAUAGUCGGAUACAAAGAGAGAGCUUUCCUAGCUACCAAAUGAGCUACCCUAUUGUUAUCCCGACCUACAAAACGCACACUAAAACCAGGCUGAGUACGAAAAUAAUGAACAAUCUCUUCCAGAACUGCACCCAACCGGCUAUCUCUUGUAUCGGCUUGAUUAAUUUUGUCAAUAAUCACCUUCGCAUCGC